AUGGCCCAUCUAGAUCGCCCGAUCGAAUCCGGAAGCCACAGGCAGGCGAGCGGCGAGCGCACGCACCGGCGCAACACCGCCGUUGCCAGCUCCACCACCACCACCCAACGCGUGGAAGUGCGAGAUGGCGGCGUCGGGAUCGGGGACAACGGGGCCGGCGGCCGGCCCUGGACAGCGACCAGCUCGUGGGCUCCGGGCCCCGGCGGCGGGGCCGUGGAGGACGUCAUCUCGUUCGAGACCUCCGACGAGGACGCCGAGGCCACCCCCGCGGGCGUUGUACUCUCACGUCCGCUGCCUGAUGGGGACGGAGACGCUCCUCCCUGCGAGAUCACUGUUAGUUUCAGGGGAAAGUAUGAGAUUCACUGGGUAUAUGUGCGAAGCACAGCUCGGAUUUAUGAACUGUACCAUUCUACUGACGCAAAGGGUACCAGCAAGGACUAUCUAUGCACUGUUCGUUGUGGACUUGCUGUUAAAGAACCACAGCCCUGCGGUGAAGAAAGUAUGUCUCAGCGGAGUGGCGGUGCUCCAACUAGUGACAAGCGUGAACAGGAGACCAAAAGUGUAAGUAGUAGUGAUGAAGAGAGUUGGGUUGAUGUCAAAAUUCCAGAAUCUCCUAUGGGAAAUAACACGCCAGAAGCUCAAGAAAGGAGCGCAAUCAGAAUCCGCCAAGAAAAUACUCUGGCACACUAUGAAGCAACUGCUGAGAUGACUGAUGUGAGCCCAUGUGUGUCUCUUACUGUCCGUCUUCUGUCACUUCAGUCAAAGACAUCAGUGCACAUUGAGGAGAUCUGCAUAUUUGCUGACCCUGUUGAAUCUACCAAUGAUAAUUCAGUAACAGGUCCUGGAAACAUGGGUGGUAGUUCUUUGAUGGCUAUGCUUGUUCCUGGACUUAUGCAAAUGUCUAAUUCAAGAAAUUUGAAAAUUGAUGAGAGAUACUUUUUUGAUGGAUCAAGGACUCAACUUACCCAAGAUCGUGCCGUGAAAGAGAGCAACCCAUCUGAAAAGAUUAUGCAGGAAACGGGGCUAAGUAGCACAGAUAAUCAUAAGCCAUCAGGGAUAGAAAGUGUAAUAAAUUCUGCACACAGUGGAACAGUAUCUAAUGAAAAAAGCAACCAAGGUGAGUUCCAGUUGAAGGACACCGAUUCUCUACCGUUGCCUUUGCCUGUACAAACAACAAAAAGCACACAAGCGCCAUCAGUGAAGUACCAGCAAGGAUCAGGCGUGGGUCAUCUUGCUAAUCCCCUUGUGAAUGAAUUUACUUUUUAUAAUCAUAAUAUUGAGAGAAAGCUGGAUACUCUGCUAUCUAAGGUUGAGAAGAUGGAACUAUACUGCUCUAGGUUUGAAGACAGCAUGAUAAAGCCCCUCGGUAGCAUUGAGGCACGGCUUCAGCGACUGGAGGAACAGUUUAGUUCAUUCUCUGUGGAGAUGCAGUCUUUGCGAGGUUCUUCUGCAGUUAGAUCAGCAUCAGAUGGUAUAUCUAAUAUGACUAACUCACAGGAGGAAGCAUGUGCUCCUGCUCCUGUAACUGAUAGGAAGCUUGGUUUAGCUUUCAGGGUGCCAGAUUUUUCUUCUGAUGAUGCCCAUUCUUACAACGCCACCAGGGAAAACCAGAUUAAUAUUUGUGGGUCUAAUGUGAUGCCAAGGCUACUUGUGAAGGUCCCUGAUUUUAUUGCUCAACCUGAGUUAACUGGUGGAGACGUUCAUGAUGGGCCUUCCUCACCUGUCUAUUGUGCUCCAUCUUCUGAAAAGGAGCGAAAGAUUUCCCCAGGUUUAGUUGUCAAGGUUCCUGAAUUCAUAGAUGACGAUUAUGACUAUGACGAAGAAGUGGAGGAAGAGAAAGAAGCAGAAGUUGGGGAUCAUGAUGAUGGUAACACACAAUAUGGUGAUACUCUGAGCAAAGGCACUGUUGACAGCACCAAGAGCAAAAAACCUGUAUCUAUCAAUGGUGCAUUGGCUUCCGCAUUAGAGGCAUUACUCACUUCCAGCAAAGGACCAUCAUCUUCGAAACCUGUUGUUUGCACUGACAGUAAUUUAAGUGCUGAAAAUACUAAUGAUUCCUUGAGUUGUUCCCUUUCUCCUGAAAACAUGGGCGAGAAGUCCACUAUAGAUGAUUCAGCUGACCAAUUUCUGGGUACGUGUGAUGCAAAUUUGGUUGGUACCUUCAGAUCUUCUCAGGAAAUUGAUGCAACUCCACAUACAUCUCUCUCAAAGGAAAUGUUGGAUAUCAAGGUUGAGAUAAAUGAACAAAACACUGAUUUUAAUGCAGAAAAGGUGUCAUUUGUUGCAAGCACAGAAUCAUUGGUUGUCCCUUCACAGCCUGAUACAGUUGAGCAAUCUAUUGAUAGUGGAAGUCAGGUAGAUGGACAAAACAAUUAUCCUACUUUGGACACGAUGCCAUAUGCCAUAAGCACUGAACCUAUGGGACCUUCUAAGCCUCCUGCAGUUUUUGAAGCUGUUGAUGAUGGAGUUCAUGUUAAUGAAAAUAGACCUGCCAUAUCCUUAGCAGAGUUUCUUGCUGCAAGAAAUGCUAGCUCUGGCAAGAAUGUUACUUCUGAGGUAUGCAGCAGUAAUGACGGGCCUAAAAAACUGUCCUCUGAGAGAACAUUGGCUGGAACUGAUAAAAGCUCAAAAAAUAUCAGUCAACUUCUAGUGAGGAAUGCACUUGAGGUUAAUGCUGAUGAGGGGAAGCAUUAUUCUAGUGUAUCCAUUGGGGCAAAUUUUGAUGGGUCAAGCAGUGUAGAUCCGGGAAAUGCUGCUAGUAGGCACAAUAUCAUUACAAAAGAAGCUGUCUUAGAUAAGGCCUGCGUCCUAAAGAAUGCAGAGAGUGGCUUUAGGCUCUCUGUUGGGAUUGACUCCAUAUUUUCUCAGUAUCCUGCUACAGAUUCCAGGAAAGAAUGGAUUGAGAACAGCAGCUCAGACUUGAGCCCAGAUGAUACCUUCUCAAAACCAAAUGUGAUGCAUUCCUGGUUAAGUUUGAGUAGUAUGGAGCCGUUUAGUGUGGCACCUGCCUCUGUUUCAGCGAAUGCCACAUCGAGAAAUUACGUGGAAGAUCUUGAAGACAUUGGAGAUUGUCCUACGGCAACACGGAUUUCUGGGGAAGAGCUGCAAAAGGCUUGUGAUUUGCUUUAUGAGUUCAAGGAUGACAUGUUGGGCCUGACCUCCAUGUCGAAGGGUACCAGUAAGAGUAGUUUGUCCCUUGAAGUCUUGCUUGCCGAAUCAUCUGAAUCUGAAGCACAAAUUUCUGAUCUGGAGGUCAUUGACAAUGGCGCUGGGGGCUCAGCUCAAUUGUGCAGUACAUUCUCAUCUUCAGAUGAUGAUGACGAGCCUUUAGUUGAUGUUGCUGACCUUACCACACCAUCCGAACCAUGUGCUUGUGCCUUCAACGAGCCUUUGGUUGAUGUCUCUGAUCUGACAAACCCUUCUGAGACAGAUUCUUCUUCUGUGAACGAGCCUUCGGCAAAUGUUGAUCUGUCAAACCCUUCAGUGACAUCUGCUUCUGACGUGAACGACGAGCCUUUGACCAGUGUGGAUGAUCUGUCAAAACCUCUGGAGACGUUACCUGGUGGGACCAGUGGAGAACAUCCUGGCAGUCUUAUAUAGGGGGCUAUGCAAUACUGAUCUACUUGUCAGAGAAAAGUGAAGCAUAUUCGUGCUGCACUGGUUGGUUUGUCCUGUACAGUGACAAUCGUUUUAAGUCCAAGGUCACACAGUAGUUUCUGUACAUAAAUAAUGUUCAUGUCUGCAACAGUUUACUAAAUACUAUGAUACCGAGCGGUGUGGCUUUGGUUUGGACUUUUGGGUUGAUGUUCUGCUGUUCGUGUAGUACAUUAUCCGAUUUACAACCGAACACCCGCCGAUGUAACUAUUAAGGAUUAA